UGCACGACGCCACGACCAUAACUGCAAUCCAUCACUGCACGUCUUCUGCUCCUAUCGCGCACUUCUGGCUCUUCUUCCGCACGCACAUAGUUCCUUCUUCCACGCCUCAUUUCCUUCUCCUUCUUUUUAGCUUCCCACGCACCAGCGCCCAUAACAAUCAGGCUCAUAACAUAAGAAAACAAAAGCAUCAUCAGAAUUGCGUUAAAUCUAUGCAAACCUAGCAGACCCUAAAAGAGCCGACGCGAACAACGGAAGUGGUUGAAAUGGCGGCAGUGGAGGCGAAGCCCGUGAAGGCCGGUGGUCGUCUGUGCUGCGUCUGUAACAAGAGAAGGGCCGCCCUCAAAAGACCCAAAACCCUCGAGCAGAUUUGCAGGGAGUGUUUCUAUGAGGUCUUUGAGGAGGAGAUCCAUCAGGUGAUUGUGGGGAACCAGUUAUUCAAGCCCGGUGAACGCAUUGCUAUUGGUGCUUCUGGUGGAAAAGACUCCACAGUCCUUGCUUGUGUAUUAUCAGAAUUGAACCGGCGGCACAAUUAUGGCCUGGAUCUCUUCCUCUUGUCAGUUGAUGAAGGCAUUACAGGAUACAGGGACGACUCUCUUGAAACCGUCAAACGAAAUGAAGUUCAGUAUGGACUACCGCUAAAAAUUGUCUCAUACAAGGAUUUGUAUGGAUGGACAAUGGAUGAAAUAGUGAAGAUGAUAGGUUUGAAGAAUAAUUGCACCUUUUGUGGUGUUUUCCGUCGCCAGGCCCUUGAUCGAGGUGCUGCGUUGUUGAAAGUCGACAAGCUUGCUACUGGGCAUAAUGCGGAUGAUAUUGCUGAAACAGUUCUUUUAAACAUCUUACGAGGUGAUAUUGCUAGAUUGAGUAGAUGCACUUCAAUAAUCACCGGUGAAGAUGGACCAAUUCCAAGAUGCAAACCUUUUAAGUACACAUAUGAGAAGGAGAUUGUUAUGUAUGCAUACUUUAAGCGGCUGGACUACUUCUCCACCGAAUGCAUUUACUCUCCAAAUGCAUAUCGUGGUUUUGCUCGUGAGUUCAUAAAGGAUUUGGAAAGGAUCAGACCUAGGGCCAUACUUGACAUCAUCCAAUCAGGGGAGAAUUUCAGGAUUUCCACUUCUACAAAAAUGCCAGAACAAGGGACUUGUGAACGCUGUGGCUACAUUUCAAGCCAGAAAUGGUGUAAAGCUUGUGUUUUGCUUGAGGGACUGAAUCGGGGUUUGCCAAAGCUGGGAAUUGGGCGGAGUCGAGGUCUUAAUAAUGAUCGUAAGAAGGGAACAAAAGAAAGUAAUGCAACAAAAAGUAUUGAAAGCAAGCAAUGUGGAACUUUGGACUUCUGAUGUAGCACCUGUGCAUCACUUCUGCCUUUGUGAACUCCCGGGACUGGGUCUCAAUGCACAUCGUAACAAUGGAAUUUACUGCCUCCUCAACGCUCUUGGAAGGGUAUAAUCCAUCCAAACAUCAUGGAUUGAAUUGAGACUAGUGAUUUCAUAGGAACUAAAACAGAUGGCAAGGUAAAAGAAAAACAAGCCAAUUAGAGGAAAGGAGCUCCUCUUUUUUUGUAGAGUUAAAGAUGUGGGGGGAGUCUCUUCCAUGGAGAAACUUGCUUCAGCUAUAGCGACGGCGGAAGUAGCCAGUUGCUGUGUCUUUUCUUUCAGUACAAACCUAUUUGUUUUCAGGGGAUCAAUGGUGGAGGAUGAUGUCUACUAUUGUAGAUGGUUAUUGUAGUUGUUUUGUAGGUAACUUCGAUUGAGUUUUUAAUUUUUUUAAGUUUUAUUGUUAAUUAAAUAAUUUAGAUUUUA